AAAAAGAUGGAGUUUGAGUUGACACCCAGGCUGGCUGAGACGAUAUUUGAGGGAGAUGGUGGAGGAUACUACAGUUGGUCGAGUUCUAAAUAUCCUGCACUUGGUGAGGCCAAGGUUGGUGCUGGUAAGCUUGUUCUGCACCCACGAGGUUUCGCUCUUCCCCACUAUGCUGAUUCUUCCAAACUCGGUUAUGUUCUUCAAGGCAGUGAUGGAGUAGUGGGAAUGGUGCUCCCCAACACAUCAGAGGAGGUGGUGUUGAAGCUGAAGAAAGGAGAUGUGAUACCAGUGCCAACAGGAUCAGUCUCAUGGUGGUUCAACGGUGGAGAUUCCGAGUUUGCUAUGGUCUUCUUGGGAGAAACAUCAAAGAGUUACAUCUCCGGCGAAUUCACCUACUUCUUUUUGUCUGGAGCUCAAGGAAUCAUGGCAGGAUUCUCCCCUGAGUUUCUUAGCCUAGCGUAUAACACCGACAAAAAUGGCGCAAAUAAGCUCGCAAAAAGCCAAACCGGUGUCCUCAUAAUCAAGCUACAAGAAGGAAAAUGCAUGCCGGAGCCCAACGCAGAAAAAACCGGCAAAUUGGUUUACAACAUCGACGCUGCAUUGCCGGAUCUUCGUGUCAAAAACGGCGGCGCUUGGGAGGGUGAAUCUGUUGGAAAAUAA